UGGUUCACUGUGAAUGGGAGGAGAGAGAUCACAGACUCCAUCACAGCUCCAUCUAACACAGCAUCCGUCCACAUCUCCUCAACCCAGAACCAGGAACCUUCAAGACCAGGACAUGGACAAGGACAAGGACAAGGACAAGUCUCCCUGCGCCUCCGAGACGCUGGUGCUGGAGUUUAAGGAGGACAAAGCUCUGACGGAGUUGAUGCGUCACCGCGUCUCAUCUUUGCAGAAGUCUGGACAGAAGCGUCAGGACGGGGAGCGUCUCCUCCUCCCCCACGAGGCCGUCUACCGCCUGGACUUCUCCGUCCAGGAGCUCGUCUUCUCCCGCUGGAACUUCUCCCUGUCGGGCCACGGCCGCGUCACCAUCACCGGCAUCUCCCAGAACUGGACGCCCGACCUCACCAACCUGAUGACGCGCCAGCUCCUGGAGCCCGUCGGCACCUUCUGGCGCAACAGCGACGACCCCGAGGACUCCGCCCUCAAGUGGCUGGAGGCCGACAUGCAGGAGUUCGGGGAGAGGAUCGCGGAGCUGGCCAAGGUCAGGAAGGUCAUGUACUUCCUGCUCGCCGUCAAGGACGGAGCCGAGGUGGAAAACGUCAGCUGCUCCGUGGAGUUCACGCCAGAGAAAUGACCUUUGACCCCCCCCCAUACACAAACACCCACCCCCCCCAGCUCCAUGAAGAAACACGUAGCUCAAUAACAUCCUCA